CCCUGAGCUACAGCCAUGGAGGGGCGCGGUUACCAAGCAACCCCCAAGCAGCAGGCGGAGAUUACCCAGAGGAGCCCGCGCCAGGCCCUGCCUUCCGCUUCCGGGUCAGCGCCACCCGGGCUCGACGAACACGCUGGGCGGGGGAGGAGGGGAGGGGUUGCACGUGGGGCCCGCAGAAUGAUAAUAAAUGAAGAGGGAGAGAGUGUUUAUGAGGAAACGACACAGAAAAAGAAAAAAGUGAAGAGCACUGGGAGCCAAACUGUCAUCAAAAUUGAAGACGACCUCCAAUCUGACACACAAGCAAAAACUAAGGUGAAGAAAAAGAAAUGCUUAGCAGAAGAGGAUUCAGAUCAAUUAAAUCUUAGUAAAAAGAAUAAAGUUGGCUCCAAAUUAAAGAAAAGAGCGUGUUCUGACAGCCCUGUGACAAUAGAAAGCAAUUCAGAGUCUGAGCCGGUAAAAGAAAUAAAGAAGAAAUCUAAAGUUUUCAAAAAGAAGUCAAAGAAAGGCCAAGGUCUUUCCUUGUUACCUUUGGAGAAUAUUCAGGACAGUGAUCAAUACCUUCCAAAGAAAUACACAAUUCAUUCUCAGGAAAAUACAGUCAUUGGUAAAAAACACAGAGAGAAUAUCUCCCAGUACUUGGAAGGUUACAAUGAAGUAACCAAGAAAAAGAAGAAAAAGAAAGAGAGAGACAUUUCUUCCUUAACAGUGAUAGAAAUUCUAGACAGUGAUCAUGAAAUUUCUAAUAAAAACCUUAAAAAAAUAAAUAAAACCACUUUACGGGAAAAAGCACUCGCUGGUAAAAAACACAGAAAGGAUAUUGUCCAGAACUCUGCAGGAGAGAGUGAUAUAAUGAAGAAGAAGAAAAAGAAAGACAAACUUGACUCCUUAACACUGGCAGGUGAUCAGGACAACAAUACCGGUGUUUCUGAGGAGAAGCUUUCAACACGAGACUUCAGAAAAAAUCAAGAAACCAAUUCCCAGGAAAACACAUUAAUAAGAAAAAAACAAAAAGAGAACAUUGUCCAGAACUCUGAAAGUGACAGAGAAGUAACCAAGAGGAAGAAAAAAAGCAAAGAUUUUUCUUCCUUAACAUGUGAGGAUAAUCAGGACCAAAGUCAUGGAGUUUCUAAUAAACACCUUCCAAGAAAACAAAAAGCCAAGUCCCAGGAAAAAGCACUCGGUAAAAAACACAGAGAGUAUUCUGAAGAUGACAGUGAAGUAACCAAGAAGAAAAAGAAAAAGAUUCAGAAGGAAGAGGAGAAAGUAACUGAGCCUGUAAACCUUAUGGAUGAAGAUGGGGAAAUAUCUGAAGGUGAAAAGAUGAUGCCAAUUAAAAGUAAUAGAAAGAACAAGAAAAAGAAAUCCAAACCCACGGAAGACCUUGUAGUGGAUAAUAUAGAUGAGGGACUUCGAGAAAAUAAUAAUGUGCACUGUGACAAUAAGGGUAAGAAAAGAAAUAAACAGGGAUCGCAGAACUGUGCUGAAGAGCCAAGAUUGAAAAAGAAGAAGAUCACUGUAAAAACAGAAAAUGAGGCAAUGGAAUGUAAGGAUGAUGUAACAGUGGUAGAGGAAAGGAAAGGAAACUGCGAUGAAAUAAAUAUAGACAAGGUUAGACGGCAAGCUCUGCAAGAAGAGAUUGACAGAGAAUCUGGCAAAACGAAGGUUUUCAGAAACAAAGUGGAAUCUCAGGAUAUAAAGUUUGGCCAGUGGAGCACGGCUACUUUUGAAAGUUCAGACCAAAAAACAAAAUUCCUUAAACUGAUGGGCGGUUUUAAAAAGAGUUCUGCAUCAACCCAAGAUCCACCAGGAACCACAGAAAAACCAAACAUGGCUCUGAACAGGAAAGGUGAGGAUACCUUAAAGCAGACCCUGCAAAUGGAGUUUGAUAAAGCAAUAAACUUAAAGCAACAUAGAGGAAUUGGCCUUGGAUUCCAGCCUAUUGCCAACAAAAAAGUGUACAUAGAUAAAUAUGUUUCUAAAUCUAUUAAAUUUGAGGACUAAACUUUGUUGCAGCAAUGUGAGGGGGAUGAAAAAACCAUUCAGACUUGCUUUCUACAUUUUUUUUCUUGGGAUGAAACCAAGUUCAACACCCAGUUUGCCACUUAAGAACACCAAGUGAUGAUGUGACUAGAAAUCUCAGUGCACAUGGAACUAAGUUCUAACCUCAGCUGAAUAACAAAUCCCAGUGUAUCUUGAAGGUCUGCCAGUAUGUUCUUUACUAAUGGGGAGAAACUCUCCUUCAGCAAAGGUUUGAGUCUUGCAGCUGUAGCCUGUGGCCAUUUAAAUCUUGUAAAUAUUUAUUUCAACUCUUAGAAUGCAGAAUGUACAAAACCCUUUUAAAUACAUUUUAGUGACUCAAGGGCAACAUAAUGGUUCCUUUGCUGUUUUACAGUCCAUCAUGUAAAAUCCUCACGUACGUUUUUCUGCUAGCGUGGUGCCAAAUUAUGGCCUUUUGCACUGAAAGACACUAUAGGGAAGGCUAGAAUUUGAUCAACAGGCUUUUUGUUUGCAAAUCUCAUGGUUUCUUUAAUGGUCUCAGUAGCUUUUCCCUUUUCAAAAAUGCCACAAACUCUCACAAGCAACAUUUUAUUUCAACAUCAAAAACCCAGUUAGUGACUGUAUCUAUAAGGUAGCUGUGCUGAUGAAUCUUGGUUAUAAUUUCUAUGCACCAGUUAAGCAUGUCUAGACAUGGAUAGUAACUUUCAGUGAGUCACUGAGCUACACUUGAUUUCUACUUCUCCCUUGCUAACUAACAUUGUUCACUAUUUGUGUUAAUCUGUUUUGGUAGCUUUGCUUUAAGGGCCAAAUCCUGGUCCCAGUAAACUGGCAGAAUUCCUAUUGGCUAGUGGGACCAGGUGUGGCCAAGACUAUUUCUCAGAACUGCACAACCCCCAUGAAGGUCAAUCAUAGACCUGCAUAAAUGAAAUCCCUGUUUCUUAACCUUUGGAUUAACUCCUACACGUAAUGUUACAGAGUCACAUUUUCACUGGCUGUGUACAAGAGAGCAUGAACUGUAAAAAUGCAAUUGUAUAUUUAUUCAAUCUAUGCAUAUUUGGAACUCUAGAGAGCCCGAAUCAGUAGGGGUGGCAUUGUCUCCUUGAAAGUCUGAAAAGCUGUGUGUAUUAACUGGUUUAAUCCUUUCACUUAGUGUCGUGCCACUGGUAACUGGGAGAUGGGGGCGGGGAGGAGAUGGUCUUCACAAGAAGUGACUGUAAAAAUGGCAGCGUGGUUACUUCCUGGGUCCAGCAUUUCCACAGCAAUAUGUCUCAGUUUACAAGGUAAAAGGCAAAUUAUUUUACCCACUUACCAGCUGAUUUGUUUUGCGGAUGCUCAGUUUCCAUUGCUCUCCGACAGGCAGGAUGACGUCCACCCAGGAUUUCCCAUUUGCUAGGCCUCCCUCCUCUGCUUCUCCAGCCAUUGCUCUGAAACAAGUGUUGGCCUGUACCCCCUUGAGAGGGCAAGUCUCUUGGCAAAGUCUGGUCUGUGUGUACAAAAAACCCCAGGAGUCAUCCAAUGGCUUUUUAGGUAACUCCUAUAAAGGGAGAUUAAAGCCACCUGAUGAGUAGGAAGCCCCCACUAAUCCACUCCAGUACCUCAGACAAGGAAAAGGGGGCAUGGUGACCUCCCUUCCCUCAUUGAAAUGUUGAAUCCUUUCUUCUGCAGGGUCUGAGGCUGCCUCAGGUCAAACUCCUCCCCUUGCUGCGUGGGUUACAGCCCUUGACUACCUCAGGCAGAGCCUCUACCCUCCCACUGGAAUUCUCCCCCCUCCAGCCAAGUGGCUGGCUCGUCUGUCACAGCCCUGCAAUUGGCUUUCGUUCCUGCCUCCCUCUUCUCAGGCAGCAGAGGUUUCUCACUAAACAGAAAAGUCAAGGUCUGUAGAAUGCUGCUGCUAGGGCCACAUUCUAACUUUAACCUUCUCUGGCCAAGACAGGAAGAGUGCCAGCUGUGCUGCUGGAGACACCUUCCUUUGUUUUGCUCUGGGUAAGGCAAGAGUCAAACUGGAGAUGCAGAGGAAGGAGUGGGAAAACCUUGGCUGGUGAUUUGAGCAGCGUAGGAGGGAAACCACCAUCUGCUCUGUGAGCCACAGCAAGGUUAGCCUGGGAUCUGAAAGUCAAGCUGGCUUGACGCAGGCAGCACACCUCUACACCAAAGAUGCUGCAGGCUCUAUUACUCAGAUCCGUGUCAUCAACCGAGGCCUUACUCUCAGGCGUGUAACCAAGAGUAUCAACUGAGGGGUUUCUCAGGGUGCUUUGCCAUUGGAACAUAAUGCUGUGAUGAGUCCAGUGCAGUCUCCCCUACCUGGGCUGGUUCUGCAGAGCAGCACUACUGAGCACAGAGACCAUUUUCAGUCACUUUCAAGAUAGAUUCACACCAUUCACCUUCCUUUCUCGUUUACUCAGGCUUGUUGCAGCAUGUGGGGUGUGUAGAAUUAAUCUCCUCCGUGCUUUUCAGACUUGUAUAUUAAAAAAGAGGGCAGGAUCUGAACACUGAUAGCCUUGUUCUGUGAGGAGCCCUACCUCGGCCUCUGCGCUCGCUACAUGUAACAUGCACAUUUCUCAAUCUUUCCUUUGCAUUUAGCAGCUGUAAUGUUUUAAAAGAUUUGUAUAUAUUUAUAAUGAAAGCAUUUUAUUCUUUGUACCUAAACUUCAUUGUAAUGUAGCUUUGAAAGUAAAACAACGGUUUUUAAUGAGA